AUUGAAAAGUAAUUUAAAUUUACAUUUAUCAGCGAUACUGUCACAGAAAAGGCUAUUAGAGAUAAGGAUAUGUAAGCAUACGUAUAGAAAAAACGAAUGAGUAAAGUAUUCGGUUGAAUCAUUUUUUAUUGGCGUUAUAAUAAUGUAAAAAUACUAGCUCGAACGGAACAAAAUAUCUCGAGAAAAAUGUAUUUAAAAAUACGAUAAAAAAUAGAGAUAGCCGCGGGCAAUUGUGUGAGAGUGCCGUUGCUGGAAUGCCACGACAAAGAAUUUUUUUGACAUUAUAUUCCGAAGCAAGAUUAAAAUUAUCGACGACUGUUACAAGUUGGUUUUUCUUAACGAAUUAAAAUAAGUUACAACACGUUUGUUUCUUCAUAAUUGCGAGUAAAAAUGAAUUUACAACAGGAUGUCUAUCAUACAGAAGCAGGAAUUGAACUGUUCAAUAAAAAUAUAUUGGAACGAUUAACAUUACCACAUGUUGAGGGUUUGUUGUUACGACCUCUUAGAUCUACUGAUUAUGAUAAAGGAUUUUUAGAACUUUUGGCACAAUUAACAGAAGUAGGAAAAGUAAAUAAAGAACAGUUUCUAAACAAGUUCCAAAGUAUGAAAAAUACAGGAAUUUAUUACAUCAUUGUUAUAGAAGAUACACAUAGUACUAAGGUAAUUGGAAGUGCCACUUUGAUAUCAGAGCAAAAGUUUAUUCAUAACUGUGCAUUGCGUGGACGUUUGGAAGAUGUGGUCGUGAAUAAUAAUUAUAGAGGUAAACAUUUGGGUAAAUUACUUAUUAAUGUUAUUUUGCAACUGGCCCGCUAUUUACAUUGUUAUAAAAUAUCUUUGGAUUGCCGAGAUAAUCUCAUACCAUUCUAUGAAAGUUUAGGUUUUAAAAGAGAACCUAAUAAUGCGAAUAGUCUUAAUAUAAGAUUCUCAAAUGAAAGUACUACUGAACAAUCUCAUUUGUGAAUAAAGUACUUAAUUAUUAUCGUUUUUUUAAAUGUUAAUAUUUUAACUUUUUGUUAAUUAUCGUAUUUAUCACAUAAAUAUUAAACUGUUAUAAAUGAAAAUCCACAAAUCAUAUAAAUUA